AUGUCAACGGAUCCGCCACCGCGUCCUUAUCGGCUAUACCCCGCCUAUUGUUUCAGAGCAUCACCUACAUACAAUAUCUGGGUGAAGCUCACUGCGGCAGAUGUGCAAGCUCUUCGGUCUGAGAAGAACUUUCAAGCCCAGCGCAUUUAUUUUCAUCUCAAUCACCCUAUCCGCUAUGUACGCAUCGUCGGCGUCGUAGUAGCAAUUGAUGACAUCAAUCUCAAAUACACGGCCCUCACCAUCGACGACGGAAGCGGCGCCACCAUCGAGCUGAAGAUUGUACGAUUACCUCCCGUCGAGCAGAACCCCGUCGAUACGUCCUCGGACACGAAGAUCAAGAACUUGAACAUCGUCAGUCGAUUCGGCAUCUUCGACGUCGUGGUGGAUGGCGAAGCCCUAGACAUCGGCACAGUCGUGAAGGCCAAAUGCCUGAUCUCAGAGUUCAGAGGCGCAAAGCAACUGGACUUGCAGCGCAUCUCGGUUGUCAAAACGACAAACGAGGAAGCACAAGCUUGGGCUGAGACCGCUGCGUUCAGGCAGGCAGUCUUGUCGCGACCAUGGCGUAUAACGUCGGCCGAACACAAGAAGAUCAAGCAUGCGAUCAAGGCGGAAAAGAAGAAAGAACAGGAUAAUGAACGACUGCAGGCAGAAUACAAAGUUAAGAAAGAGGAGCGAAGGCUGGCGAAGGAGGUAUACCUUGCGCAGAGAGAGAAGAAGCUUGAGGCGCGACGGAGGAAAGAGGAGGUUAUGCUGAACAGUGGCGCUCUGAUAUGA